AUGAAACUGUUCCAGAAUGCUCAGGAAUUCAACUAUCCUUGGGAUCAAGUAACUGCUGCCAAUUGGCGGAAGUAUCCAAACGAAGUUUCGACGCAUGUCGUUGCUGUAGAUGUGCUCAGAAGAGAACUGGAUGUUAGUGGAACGAAGUUGACCAGCGAACGGCUUAUAACGUGCGAACAGUCUAUUCCCAAAUGGCUUUCGAUGUUGAUAGGUUGCUCAAACAGAAGUUUUGUGCGAGAAGUUUCGGUGGUGGAUAUGAAUGCCAAGACACUCACGUUGAAAAGUUGCAAUUUAACUUGUGCACAUUUGCUUAAGGUAUACGAAACGGUAAAAUACCUGCCUCAUGGUUCGGACCCGGAAAAGACGCUUUUUCAGCAAGAGGCGCAGAUAACGGCGUACGCCACGAUCAGCACUCUGUGCAAUCGAAUCGAAGAAUGGUCUGUAAAGAGGUUUGACGAAAAUGCUUCUAAGGGACGCCAGGGGUUCGAUUCUGUAUUGCAGGUGCUGAGCGAAAACUGGGAGCAUCGCGACAAGCUGGUAGACGAAUUGAGCACCAAAGUGGCUGGUACGGUGGACGAAAUUCGCAGCACCACUGACAACAUCAUCAAGAAAACGGAACUCAAAUCGACAUCGUUAAUUUCGCAUUAUUCCAGAGAAAUUAAACGUGCCUUCAAUCAAGGAAACUGA